UAAAAAUAAACCAAUAAGUAAAGCAACAAGAUUUCCUGCAGAGUGCAGAGUCUCUAUAAAACGCAAAAGCAUGGUGAGAACUGACACAAGGGGCUUCUCACUUCGUCCAACCCCCACGAACUCACAAACCCUCGCCCCCUCUGCUCCUCUCACGUACCGUACUGUCCAUACAAUUUCACUUCCAACUCCAAACAUUUUCCGAGAAAUCAAAACUUUCCCGGAAAAUCACCCUCCAAUGUCACAAUAAACCAUCUCACAAGUAGUCACACCUUCUGUAAUCAAUUUCCACCUCCAACCGGUUUUCCCUGUUUGUGUCUUACCGAAGAUGGGGUCGUGGGAUUUUGACACCGUGAAGGCAGAGAAAACCAGCGCCAUGCGGAGGUACAACCGCCUCCGCACUGCCGCGAAGCUCUUUCGUUUCGCUGAAAUUGGCGCGGGCAUCCUCUUCCUCUCCUGGACCUUCGCCCGCAUCCCCUUCGCCCUCACCAUCUCCCGCGACUACUUCCUUCUCCUCUCCGGCGUCGUUUCGAGCCCUCUCUUCGUCUUCCUCCUCUGUCACGUCAUCAUCGCCUCUUUAGUCCUCAAGUCGCGCCACGUCAGCUCGACCGAUCGUAAUAACGACGGCGUGGAGGCCGAACUCUACGCGGAAUUCGUCGAAGGCAGCGCCGGAGGAGCCGAUAGUAAGUCUCAGCUACAAGACAACGUCGUUCCGCGCGAGGCAGAAGAGGUUGUGUACCAGGACAAGCAGAUCGUUUCGGAGGUGAACUCGGCGGAUCCUAAACCGGAAACUGAGUCGAACUCGGACUCUGACUCGGAGUUCACGAACAUCAUUCGGAGGACGAAAUCGGAGAAGUUCGAGAAAAAGCCUGCACCGGCAAAGCUGCGGAGAUCGGAGACGGAGCUUUGCCGGAAAACGGUGAGGUCCAGAGAGGAAUGUGCGGCCGAAGAUACAGAGGAGGAGGACGAUUUGAGCAACGAGGAGUUUCAGCGCGCCAUUGAAGCUUUCAUAGAGAAGCAGCUGAAGUUUCGUCACCAGGAGUCUCUGGCCGUUGUUCUGAAGAACCAGAGCUAAUAAUAAAAUAAAAAAAAUAAAAAAAAUUAAAGUUGAGUUAAUUGGAUGUAAGCCACGGCUACCUACUGUUAUGUACAGUAAUUUCUGGUAGAAAAAAAUGGGGAAAUUAUAAAAAUCAUUUACUACAA